GCAGGGGUUCUCUGUUGACUCGCUGGAAGGCAGAUGGAACCGCCUUCCAGGGAGUCAACAGAGAAUCCCUGUGGCACGCCCCUAUAACUUUGAAACUUUGCUUGAAUCAAUGGGUUGUUUGCUUUUGUCAUUACUUGGUUGUUAGUGUUUGCUUGGUAUUGUGUAUGAUCUUACUGGAAGCCGUGUGUAUUCACAAGGGUAUUUGUGGUAUAUGUGGUCAAUGACAAGUCCAGACCGUAGGCGUUUAUGAUGAUUCACAUGCGUCAUGUGACGUCAGAGGCGUUUGGCCAGGCAGCUAGCGUUGGGUGACAGAUCCUAGUUUCUUGUUCCCCUUUUGUUUUUGGGAGAACUGUAAUGGAGCCUUCAAAGAGGGAGUGUGGAGUUGGCACUCAGGUGAUUAUUUAGAUACAUCCUGAGGCAGAGGGUAUCAGCGAAACACCUCUCACAACAGAAACACUACCAGACUGCUUCUUCAGGGAGGCACAGGGACCAGCCAGAUAAUACAAGGUCUGGGAGAGAGGGAAUGCUGAGGAGAGAGACAUAGAGCGAGGCAGACAGACAGAACUAGUGGAGGACAGACAAAAGGGUGAGAGAGAAAAGUGUGGUGUAGUGUAACAAAGUGGGAGAGUGAAAGAGAGAUCGACUGAAUGAGUGGGGCUUGAGAGCGAGAUUAGGGUGUGUAUGUGUGCCUAAGAGAGAGAGAGAAAGGGAGAGAGAGAGAGGACAGAGCAUUCCCCAGAGGAUUGGUCUAGCUCCCAGUAAUAGAAGUUUAUUUGCACAGCAGGACCAGUAACAACCUGCUUUGUCAGAGUAACUUACUGUUCUGUUGUCCCAACAGCAGGUCACUGAAGACAGAAGGAAAAACACUAAGGUUGAUUUGGGAUCUAGCGUGCCAGAAGGGAGUGUGAGGGGCUUGUUUAUGACAUAUCUUGUGUUGAAGAGAGCAUGUGUGAGAAACACUGCAUGUGUUAGAGUGUGUUAGAGUGUGUGUGUGUGUGUGUGUGUGUGUGUGUGUGUAAGAGAGUUCAAGGAUGACCAGGAGGUCAGUUAAUGGUGAGGGGACUGGGGUGAACAACACCCCCCAAAAUGGGGGACACCCAGGGGAUAAUCCUGUCCCAAAAGAGGACCCUGACUCCCCGCACGGAAAGGUAGAGCUUAAGAAGAAGGUGACCCUGCUUCGGGGAAUCUCCAUCAUCAUAGGGACCAUCAUCGGCGCGGGAAUCUUCAUCUCUCCCAAGGGAAUCUUGAAGAACUCUGGGAGUGUUGGAAUUUCUCUGGUGGUGUGGAUCGCCUGUGGAGUACUGUCUCUGUUUGGGGCCCUGUCCUAUGCAGAGCUGGGAACCAGCAUCAAGAAAUCUGGAGGACAUUACACCUAUAUUCUGGAGGCCUUUGGACCACAGAUGGCCUUCAUACGUCUCUGGGCUGACAUCAUCGCCAUCAGACCUGCAGGGUUGGCAGUGAUAUCCCUGGCCUUCGGACAAUAUAUCCUGGAGCCCAUAUUCAUGCCGUGUGGAGUGCCAGAGAUUGCUAUCAAACUGGCCACCUCUAUAGGAAUAACGUCAGUGAUGUAUCUCAACAGUAUGAGUACGAGCUGGACAAACAGGAUUCAGAUCUUCCUCACCUUCUGCAAGCUGCUGGCUGUCGCCACCAUCAUCGUACCUGGCCUCUAUAUGCUCUUCAAAGGGGAGACUAGGAACUUUGAGAAUGCGUUUGAGGUCAGUAAUAUCAAGCUCACAGGUCUUCCUCUGGCCUUCUACUCUGGGAUGUACGCCUAUUCUGGGUGGUUUUACCUUAACUUUGUGACUGAGGAAGUGGAGAAUCCAGAAAAGACUGUGCCAUUGGCCAUCUGUAUCUCCAUGGCGAUAGUCACUUCCUGCUACGUGCUGACCAAUGUGGCAUACUACACUGUAAUGUCAGCAGAGGAGCUGUUGGCCUCGCAAUCCGUCGCCGUGACAUUUGCAGAGAAGACGAUGGGGAACUUUUCGGUGGCAGUGCCGGUAUUUGUAGCCUUGUCGUGCUUCGGUACGAUGAACGGCUGCUUGUUCGCUUUCUCAAGAAUAUUUUAUGUGGCGUCACGAGAAGGCCAUCUCCCUGAGGUUCUGUCCAUGAUCCACGUCCGCAGACACACACCUUUGGCAGCCGUCAUCAUUCUGUACCCUAUGACGAUGUUCCAGCUGUUUGUGGGAGAUAUCUACAGCCUGUUGAACUUCAUGAGCUUCCUCCGCUGGCUCUUCAUUGGUGUGGCUGUGCUGGGCCUCAUCUACAUGAGAUACACACGCCCUGACAUGCCACGUCCUUUCAAGGUUCCUCUUUUCAUUCCAGCCAUUUUCUCCUUCACCUGUUUCUUCAUGGUGUUCCUCUCUCUCUACUCCGACCCCAUCAACACAGGGAUAGGAUUCGCCAUCUCACUAACAGGAAUCCCAGCCUACUAUAUCUUCAUUGUGUUUGACCGCAGACCCAAGUGGCUACAGAAGAGUUUAGAUUCCUUUAACAGAUCUGUCCAGAUCAUCCUGGAGGUGAUCCCAGCAGAACACUGACACCAGACCAGAUCCCCACACCAGAUCCCCACACCAGAUCCGUAUUUAUGAUCAUCCACACCACAGGAGAACAGGAUCGGGUGUAUGAGUGGAAUGGUAUCAAAUACAUUAAACAGAUGGUUUCCAGGUGUUUGAAGCCAUUCCAUUUGCUCUGUUCAGGCCAUAUUCUUUUGAGCUGUCCUCUCCUCAGCAGCCUCAUGUGCUCCACACCCAAGGACAUCACACCGAUGGCCUCUUCUAUUGUAUCAUUUCACAUUAUACAUUAUUAUGAGUCUCCCAUCCUGCUGACCUUAUCUAGGCAGGCUUCAUUUCACAUUACCAAUUCAAACCGCCUGAAUACUCUCUCUUCUCUCCUCACCCAAGUAUUUUAAAUGGAGUGGCCAGGCAGGCAGGGAGGUGAGGCUGUGUGCUUUGUGUGUGUCCCUGUGUGGGAUUUGUAGGUAAUCCAUCUCUGUAACCACUACCCUACGGCUCCAGUGUGCAGUGGGAGCCCAGCCUCUUAGAAAUGCAACAGCUUUUACUGUUGAUAAUAUUCCAGGGAAUCCUUGUAAGCUUGGAGUAUAACUAUCUUUGGCUACAAUCACAGUUAUAUUUGUGUCAUUGUUACAGCUAGCAUUAGCCAUAAUUACAGCUCGUGUUAGCUACAUUCAGACCUAGCUUCAGUCAUUGUUACACCUAGCAUUAGCCACAAUCACAGCUAGCAUUAAGUCAAAGUCAUCACUAGCAUUAGCCACUGCUAGCAUUAGCAUUACACUGGAUACUCAGUUUUCACCAGAUCAUUCAGGAUGUACACAGUAUGUACCGUAGCCUACCCAUUGUUAUUUCUAUAUUUUAGGAAAUUUAAUUGAUGUAUGUUCUAUAGUCUGAGUAAGAAAAGCACUCCCUUCAAAUAUGUAAACAUCAUUAGAGCAGUAAAGUGUGAUUCAUACUCAAUCUACAGAUGCCUGUGAAACAUGAUGUCCUUACACAAAUGACAACUAACACAAAUGGGAUACACUUUUAUUUUGAACCUUUUUUUGAAAACACGUAUGUUUAGAAAUGAUGUCCUGCAUAACUUGAGAAAAACUCAUCUGAUUUCAUGGAAAAUAAAAACAGAUUUAUUUUUCAA